AGACCAGAAAGAGUCAAGGCACCCAUCCCAAACAACCAUCAAUUAACGCUUUCAAAUAGUUCUCAUCGAGGACCUCAGGUGGAAGGCCAAAAAGGAAUUCACUCAUGGCAUCUCCGAGGGAAAUUUUCAGCCAUUCAGGACCAGAGCAUCUGACUGUUGUUAACUGGAAUGACCCAAAUCACCGACGAUCUGUUGCUGCUAGCUUGGUUCAGGGAGUGUACAUUCUGGAACGUGAUCGCCAGCAGAACCGCCAAGGGCCUCAAGCUCUUGCUCCUCCCUGGUGGGACUUUUUUCAUUUUCAGUUAGUCCGUGAGCUAGUAGAUAAUGCUGACCUUAUCUUUGGCGCAAUUUAUGAGUUCAAAUUCCCAGCUCCCUACUGUUACGGUUUGGCCCCAAACCCCCCACGAUAUGUUAUUGCCUUUCGAGGCACAAUCAAGGAACCAGACACCUUGUUUCAGGAUCUCAAGUCGAAUCUCCAGUUCAUGUGCAACAAACUACAACAGAGCCCCCGCUUUCAGCUUGCAACGCAAGAAGUUCAAUAUAGGGUUUCUGUAACUGGAGCUGCAAACAUCUGGUUAGCUGGACAUUCUUUGGGGUCAGCCAUGGCACUGCUCGCUGGAAAGAACAUGUUUAAGAUGGGUUGUCCUAUUGAAACAUACCUUUUCAAUUCACCAUUCAUUUCUGCUCCAAUAGAGCAGUUGAAGAUUAAACCGUUGAAGCAUGGGAUACGUUUUGCAAGCAGUGUCUUCGCGGCAGGAGUUGCUUUUGCUCUCAAGCGUCGUCAACAAAGGCAUCAAGAAAAUGACACUUUUGUUGCAUUAUCUGAAUGGGUCCCUUACCUGUUUGCGAAUUCUUCUGAUCCUAUCUGCUCAGAGUAUAUUGGCUAUUUCAAACAGAGGAAGAAGAUGUUGAAUCUUGGUGUCGGAGUUAUUGGAAGACUUGCAACACAGAAUUCAGUAAGGAAUUCAAUAGGGAGUCUAUUCUCAAGUGGGAAUGAUUCAGAACCACCACCACAUCUUCUUCCUUCAGCAAAUCUGACUGUAAAUCCGAGCCCUUCUGAGGGUUUUAAACAAGACCAUGGACUCCACCAAUGGUGGAACCCAAAUCUCUACCUGCAGUCCAACCUACACCAAUUCAGUAACUCCUUUUGUCCUCAAUUGCACAAUGGGAAUGGAUAGACAGCAGAGAAUGUGACUGCGAUAAAUCUAUUGUUCAAGACUGUUUAAUAUGCUUUCUUCUUCUUCUUUUUUCAGAAAUUUCUAGCAAAUGUAUUGAUAUAAAAGGAAAUUAUUGAUUAUAUUAUACAAUGACCAGAACUUUAAUCUUACCUAAGGGAUAAGAAUACUUCGUCUAGC